UUUUCAGAAGCCAAAUGGGGCUUCGCUAGACGAUAAGGCUCCUUAUCUUCUCUUCUGUAUGGAUAGUCUGCACUCAGCAACAACCUCUGCCUCCUGAAACUCACAGUUCCUUCGGCCAUGGCUACCUGCACCGCUCCUUCAUCCUUCAUGCUAAAGCAUGCCGCCUCCGUCCACCCUCAAGACCUCACUCCCUCGCUUCGCUGCUUCAAUCCCAAACCUCUAUUUCGGACUUUCUCUUUCCAUCCUUUGGUUUUAAAGACCAGAGCCAGAAACGCCGGUAAAUUUGUCGAUGUCAAUUCGCAGAAGGAAGCUAAGUCAAGGAAUCAUCGUAUAUUUGUGGCUGCUUUGGCCGCCGAGGCUGAGGUUGAGGUUGCCGAGAAGGUCGGAGAGGAGGGAGUGGAUGGUGGUGAUGGGUCGCCUGCUAACACUGUUGUCACGCCCAAACCUAAGAAAGGCAAGGCUGCAUUGCCUCUCAAGAGGGACAGGACGAGAUCCAAGAGGUUCUUGGAGAUUCAAAAGUUGAGGGAGAAUAAAAAAGAGUAUGACUUAAAGACAGCAAUAUCUUUACUUAAAGCAACAGCAAGUACAAAAUUUGUCGAAACAGUGGAAGCCCAUUUCCGCCUCAACAUUGACCCUAAAUAUAAUGAUCAACAAUUAAGAGCAACGGUAAGUCUGCCCAAGGGAACUGGAAAGACUGUUAAAGUGGCUGUUCUUACUCAAGGUGAGAAGUUCGAUGAAGCAAAAAAUGCAGGAGCUGAUUUGGUGGGUGGAGAGGACCUGAUAGAGCAGAUAAAAGGAGGAUUCAUGAACUUUGACAAAUUAAUUGCUUCUCCAGAUAUGAUGCCUAAGGUUGCAAGCCUAGGGAAAAUUCUGGGGCCAAGAGGACUGAUGCCAAAUCCAAAAGCUGGCACUGUGACAGCCAAUAUUCCUCAGGCUAUAUCAGAAUUCAAGCAAGGCAAGGUGGAAUACAGGGCAGAUAAAACUGGAAUAGUGCACUUACCUUUUGGAAAAGCUGAUUUUUCUGAGGAGGACCUUCUCAUAAACUUGAUUGCUGCCGUGAAAUCAGUAGACGCCAAUAAACCAUCAGGUGCUAAAGGAGUGUACUGGAAAAGUGCACACAUAUGCUCAGCAAUGGGGCCUUCUGUCAGGUUAAAUAUCAAGGAGAUGCUAGAUUAUAGGCUUCCUUCAAACCCUUGAAGAACACAGUACAACACUGUACAUGCUUGUUUUGAUUCGUUAAUUAGCUGCCGGGGAGCCUCAAAGAUGGUGGUGAAGUUGCUUACAUAUAGGGAUGAACAGAGAAGUGCUUUGGCGGUUUUAUUUCUGGUUAUAAUCUGCUCCAAAAGUAAGGGACAUUACACACUACGUGGUCUUUGACAAUGGCUGAGGAGAGACUUCUUGUAUUGCUGUUGUAACAAGACGACAUUAAUUCAAUUAUAUGUAUUUUGUUUUUCUCUUACAUAUUGUAGAGAUUUUGUAUCUGAUAACGUAGCUUGAGGUGCUUCUGCUAUUUCACUCA